AUGCCGUUUGAUUUACUGUCAAGAGCUUGCGAAUACUUUGGACCAUUUGGACCUAAUGCACAGGGAAUCAUAAAUCUUGGAAUUAGUAGCAUAUCAGCAUCAUCUUUCUUUGCAGUGAUUUUAUUUGUCAGCAGAUACUAUCAGCAGCAACUUCCCAAGGACCUUUUCUACUGGGAACUAAAAGAUCCAUUCAAUCUAAGCAAAGGAUGGAUUUUGUGGACUGUUAUUGCUUUGGACUACAUUUAUGUUUGGUGUCAAUUUGGUUACGCCUCAAUGCCAAAUGAAGAGACUAUAAGCAAACAGUGGUGGUAUGAGUUACUAAAAAGCACGAACUUCAGUGCUCUCUGCGCGUUUGUCUGCCAGGGUAUUAUUGGUCCGGUUGUAGAAGAAGUCUUGCUAUGUGGUUUUUUCUUGGCAUCAUUGACCAAAUGGGUUCCCACACCGGUUGCUGUGGGGAUUAGUUCAGCUGUAUCUGCUAUUGUCCAAGGAAAUCCAAAUCAGUAUAUUAUCGGUUUUAUUGUUGGAUCCUCUUAUCUCCAAACUCGCAAUUUGCUGACACCAAUCGCGAUAUAUUGUCUCUACAACACCGUUCUUAUGAGUUACUAUAUGGUAUAUAUAUCUUAUUUGCUUUCUCCUCUCUGA